CUCAAUCCCCGCCCUUGCGCCCUUGCCUACACGAGUUCAUAUUUAUUUGUGUAAAUCAUAAACAUAUCAAAAUGUUAUUAGUCGACGCCUAACAGUCUUACAUUGUUUGGGAUUAUACUGCCUACAGAAGCCUAGUUUGACUUUCUACCAUUCGUCCGUGAACGUUGGAAGAGAAACUGCAAAGAAGUGGAGCAUGGCGACUGUGCUGUACAGCAGAACUAGGCUGGCUACUUAUCUUCCUGGGCUUCAUGCUCUGGUGCGUCAAAUCGCCAGGACCAAGGGAUUAUCUAUGACUGGGUCCCACGGUUCUGAUGAUCGCCAUGUAGCAACAGCCGCUUCCAUAAACGAACCACUUCCAUUAUGGCUGGAUGAGACCAUGGUACCAUCUGGCGUCAAACACCAGGUCUCUCUUCUGCCUGGUAAUGUAGGGUUUGAAUGUAAUCUGGAAAAGGCUUCAGAACACAAGAUUCGACUCACAGACAAGAUGGCCCCUGAUCUUCUGCCUGCGUCAUCCAACCGUGAACAAUGUUUAUCCAAGCUGCCUAUGAAUGAGUUUUUUAAAGAAGAUGAUCCAGCCAUCAAUCAGAAGGCUAAUAAGAUACAUUUGGCCGAAUCAUCUGUAGAGUGUGUCAUACAGUCAUGCCCUGAGCAAUUCAAGCAAGAUCUCCAAUACCUGUUUCCUGAGGCUCCAAGCGCUCAUGUGACAGUGGUCACAGUGACCCAAAAGACACAGAAUGAUAUGACAGCAUGGUCUUCCGCUGUGGAGGAUGAGCGAGAGCAGAUGCUUGACAAGUUUGUAGAUGGAGCGAAGGAAAUCUGCUUCAUCCUGCAGAGGAAAGGAUUCUGGGCUGACUUCAUCGAGCCGUCCUCAGGCUUAGCGUUCUUUGGAUCUUACACCAACAACACGUUCUUCGAGACUGACGAGCGGUACCGUCUUCUGGGUUUUCAGAUUGAAGAUCUCGGUUGCUGUAGAGUUAUUCGACAUCCUUUGUGGGGGACACAUGCCUUUGUGGGAACAAUAUUUACCAAUGCCCCACCCAGCAGUUUAUCAUGAUGAAAGUACAGGUCAUAAUUAUAGUUUAGUUAAUUUUGAACAUGUUCAAUAGAUUCAUAGAAACAAUAAGCAAUCCCAUUAGAAUGUUGUAUGUAAAAUAUAAACUCCUUGCAAGAACUUCAUAAUAUGUAUAUGCUUUAUACUGUAUGUAUUUAUAUAUACAUAUAUAUAUAUAAAUACAAUAAACUCUUUUCA